AAGAUGAUGACAGAGCAAUAUAAUAUAAUGGAUGAGAAAAAUCUGCCUCCAGGGUUUAGGUUCCAUCCAAGUGAUGAAGAACUUAUAACAUAUUAUUUGAGUAACAAAGUUUCUGAUUUUAGUUUUACUACUAGAGCUAUUGCUGAUGUUGAUCUCAACAAAUCUGAGCCUUGGGACCUUCCUGCCAAAGCCUCAAUGGGAGAAAAAGAAUGGUACUUCUUUAGCCAAAAAGAUCGAAAGUAUCCAACGGGUCUUCGCACAAACAGAGCUACAGAAGCUGGCUACUGGAAAACAACGGGCAAAGAUAAAGAGAUUUUUCGCGGUGGAGUUGAGCUUGUUGGGAUGAAGAAAACACUUGUUUUCUACAAAGGAAGAGCUCCUAAGGGUGAAAAAACCAAUUGGGUUAUGCAUGAAUAUAGGCUAGAAUCCAACCUUGGAUUCAAACCUCCUAAGGAGGAAUGGGUAGUUUGUAGGUUGUUUCACAAAAAGUCAAGUGUAAAAAAAUCAAAUGCAACAUCAUCAUCCCAACAAUCUGAUCAAGUAGAAUCUCCUUGUGACACUUACACAUUAGCCAAAGAAUUUGUAGAAUAUCACCAACCAAAUUUCAACGUUCCCGCCCCUCCAUCAAUUGAAGGUGAUAUAUUUUCUCUACAAAAUUACACCAAUCAGGGAAAUAUGAAUAUCGUGAACUUGGAUGCUCUUCCAUCAGUAAAUUCUUUGCUUUUUAGGGCAUUACAAUUCAGGGGUAACUAUAAUUAUCAACAAAGGGAUAUUGAUCCAUCUACCACAAUUAUUAAUACACUCGAUUACCCAUAUAAUAUUCAAUCACAAGAUACUAUGGGUAAUUUUAAUCUACUGGAGCCGCCUUCUUCCUCUUUGGCGUUCAAUUCUCUUCAACCUCAGCCUGAACAAUCAUACAAAUUGGACUCUAAUAUUUGGGAGUAA